AUGAGUUACAGCUUGCCGUGGCCCGAGAAGUUCAUCCACUCAGCGACCGAAGAGUACACUCUCUUUGGUGACCAUUCGCUGUACCGACGUACUACAGGAUUCCACGGCGAGAAGGCCUUCGACGUGAGUGUUACGACCAGUGACCCGCCUAACGUCCUGGUGCUAGUCAUCGAGUCGUUUCGGUUCCACGACUCCCGGUACCUCGUCGGGAAAGAAGACCCGUCCAACCUUUUCAAAGGCGCAAAACUCACUAUCACUCCGAAUUUUGACAAGUGGGCCAAGCGCGGGGUGGCACUUCGCAACUUUUGGUCCAGUUGGCGAACGAGUCGCUCGGUGGAGAGUCUGCUCUUUGCGCAGAUUCCACUCGACAGUACGAGUAAGUCGGGGAUGUCUGGAGGCAGGAACGAGACGAAGCUGUCGGGGUUACCGCAGCUCUUUACAGCCAAAGGCUACGAGACCUUCUUCACUACCGGCUGCAAGACGGAUUACGAUGCCUGGGAUAAAUUCCUUCCGACUCAUGGGUUUGACACCGUGUGGGGACGAAACGAGAUGAUGCAAUUGGCUGAAAGUGACUUGGGCAUCAAGCGUGACGAGUGGUAUGGCGCUGAGCAUCGAGCGUUGAGUUGGGGCGUCCACGACGACUUGAGCUUCCAGCUACUCGGUGACUUGAUGCUCAACAAGACGAGAGAGCAGAGGGCGCGUGUAGCUAAGAACGAGCCGAAGAAGCCGCUCUUCCUCACCCACUACACGAUCUCAAGUCAUGUCGACUACAAGCAGCGUCCGAAAUGGUAUCACGACGCGGUGAAGCCGAUUUUUUCGGAGCUGUUCGAGGGCGAAAAGUACGCAGACAACAUCAAAAAUUACCUUGAGAUUCGCUACUUCACCGACUUGCAGCUGGGAAAAUUCAUGGAUCGGAUGGACAAAACUGGGGUCCUCAAUGACACUAUCGUUGUUAUCGUCGGUGAUCACGGUCAAGGACCCGAAUUCGGGAAUGAUGUUCCUGAGGACCGAGAUGUUUCUGCCACGCGUGUGGCAGGUAGUAUCAUCGCCGAAGGACGGCUGGGCGACUCUGUUGGGCUUGUUAUUGACGACGCUGCGGAGCAAUACGAUAUUCUGAACACGCUUGCAGACAUCACCGGUGUCCCUGACGGUGGCUUCGAUCAAGAUGGCGUUGGUCGGUCACUGAAGCGUAAGACUACGUUUGGAGAGCGCGUUGUUUACAGCAAUAACCCGACACGGAAAAUGUCGAUUGUGAGGGGUCAUCAGCGUCUGCGUUAUGACCGUAUCACCGAUUCGGUGCUGCUACACGACGCCGAUACGGAUCACGACAUGACUACGGAUCUGUUCCCAAAGCUUACAGCUAAAGAGCAGGCGGAAUGGCUCCGCUGGCGCGAUGAUGGACGUCGGGUAAAUGAGUACUAUACCGAACGUUGGGAGAAUGAAUGUUUGUUGGCAUCAGAUUGCAAGGGCGCGAGCGCAUCGUAA